UCAUUUCGCUUGCCAUUCAAAUCAGUUUGAAUAUUACUUUUUCAUAAAAUCUUAGGGAAUAUUGUUGUUUUGGAGGUUACAAAUAGUAAACACAAUAUAUAGUUGUGUCAACAGAACAAUAUAUCAUAUUUCAGCAUCCACCAACACAUUGUAUUCAGAAAAGGUAGAUGAUGGCAUCUGGUUGUUUGACGUCCUUAACACUAUUGGGGUGAAUGAUGAAUAUAGACAGGCGCGUCAAAAGCAAGGCAUAAUGGGUGAGAUUCUUGAAACUUUUCCGGGCUGUGUUACCUGGUAUAACAUGGGAAGUACUAUUGAAGGCACAGCUACACCAGGUGCGCAAAGUGACAAUGAUGUCAUCAUAUGUGACGAAAGUUUUCCUGUUAUCGAAGACAUAUCCAAUGCUAUAAGAAUUGAUGGAGUUUUGUUUUCGUUAUUAAUUGUAAGAGAAUUAGACACACCUGACGGAUACGUAAAACUACAACUCGUAAAUGAAGAUAUUGCGUACACCUGUAAACACUGGACUAACUUAAGUCGUGAAUAUAAUAUGAAUUUAUUCAAGAUUGACAGAAUGGGAAGAAUAGUUUUAUCUGAGUGUAUGAGGAAAGCAGAUCCAAGAUUGUUAAAAAGAACCAAAAAUAAGCCUGCUGAUUUGACGAUUGGCAAAUUGUCUGAUCUCAAAACAGAUACCGUUUUAUCUUAUCGAAGCAAAUUAUGGCCAGUGAUGGCAACGGAAUGGCUUCAUCGUCGUAGAUUUUAUGGAUGGCCUACAAACGAAACGAUUGUAGAGUUGAAGUCACUUGGAUUCUUUGUUGUCAGAAAAGGUCACCCUUUUUCAUCGGAAAUAGAUUUAGAAUGGAGAAUAUCCCUUUCCUUGCAAGAACGAAAUCUUAUGUUCAAUCUUACAGAUGUCCAACACAAAUGUUACGUUAUCCUUAAAAUGGUUAACCGAGACGUUAUAAAUUUUGACUGCAUCACUACGUACCAUUGGAAGACAUGUUUAUUUUAUGCAAUAGAAGAGAAUACCUUAAAUAUUUGGAAAAAGAAUCGUUUAUGGUAUUGCAUAAAACUGUGUAUCAGACUAAUGUUAAAAUGGGUAAAAUGUGGUUUUUGUCCUAACUACUUUAUUCCAGGAGAAAACCUUUUUGAUGGAAGGUUAAAUAGCAGUUGGCGAUUAAUAUCAGAACAAUAUUUAGAGGAAAUCUUAAAUAUCGGAUGUUAUUCUUUGCUUUUGGUAAGAAAAAACAAUGUAUGUGACUAUGUCAGGUCACGGGGAUCUCUAGAAUGUUUUCAACGACUUCAAGCAAACAGUACAAAAGUCUUUCUGCAGGCAUUAUGUGUUGCAAGAAUAUCAAUAAUCUACGAUGCCAUUAAGAUCUUUAAUUACGAAAUACUUGAAAAUAAUAGUUGGCGAGCCAAUAAUAACACAUUUAUUUUCAUUAAUUAGCUCUGGCUGACGCUUAACAGUAUUCAGAAAACAUGCGCAAGUAUUAGUGCUGAACACACAGAACGAGAAAAAAGAAAAUCUCUAUCUUUACUGUUGCCAAAUAUCUAUACAUGUUUGGCUGGUAAUAUUUCUUCGAUAGCCAUUCAAAAUCCGAAUCCUAAAAUACGAGAUUUCCUUUUUCUUGGAUCUUUCAUAUACUUUAUGAAAGGUGGUUUACCAGGAUAUCUUAAGUUUGUAUCAGUUCUUUACGCUGCUGAAUUGUAUAACGACUGUGAAUGGUAUAUAAACAGUCAUGACGAGGAGUACAUCAACUAUAAUCCGUCUGUAUGUAUGUGUCGAUGUGUUAAAAUUGAUCAAAAAUUGACAGCUAUGAAUACUUUGUAUACUUCCCCGCUACAGAUGUCAACCUGUGUAUCCUUUCUUCCGACAGAACUUCUAAUUACCCCGGAUGCCAUGAAGUAUGAAAUGUUUAGGUAUAUCGGUAUACCUUAAGCCGAAAACGAGAAAAACGACGUAUAUGGUCGUUGGAAUUAUAGGGCUAUUACUGACAGCAACGUUUACUUUUUUCUGCUCAAGUAUUUAAUAAAAAGAAAACUCGGAAGGGUCCAAGAGUGUAAGAAAGCUAUACGCAAUAUCAAUAACUUGCUGCCAGGAACAAAUUUGAGACAUCGUGAUGUAGCUUGUAAUGUGUUGGCCUGGAUUUUUUGUUCUGAGUUUAACACACCUGAAGCUCUUUUUUUUUUCAAUAUUAUCAUGGAAGAUAACGCUUUCUACGGAUUUAUGUCUCAUGUUAACAAUAGACACAAUGACACAAAAACAAUACUUAUACAAUGCAGCAAAGAUUCAUGCGCUGAUUAUAUUGUACAAUACGUGGUUUGCAAAUAGGCCUUCCAGCGUUAACUUCUGCUUUCAGUGUUUUUUUAGUUUCAAACAACUAAAAAGAUGUAGCAGAUGUAAACUAUCAGCAUAUUGUUCAAAAGAAUGUCAAAUACAGAACUGGAAGAUUCAUAAAACAGCUUGUAAAAUUGCAAGACAGUAUCAUAAUGAUUAAGCUCGCUUUAAUAAUCAACACCAGGUGACAAGUGUUAUACCGUUAGGGUUUCAUUGAUAAAUAUUUCGUUAUCUUAUCCGGAAUAUGUUUAUAUAUUCAUUGAUAUUACAAUAUUCAUUGAUCACUUUUAAAUAUAUUCAUCAAAAACCAGAUCUAUGUGCAUUUGCACAUGCCAGUUUUGUUCAGGUAAAAUUAUUAAUGUUAUUUCAUUUCAAUUUUUUAAAACAAUUUGUAUACGUGUAACUACUAUGUAUAUAUGGUACCUGUUUCAAAAACAAAAUCCUAAUUAAACUUGUUAAAUAAGUAUAUUUUCUAAAGUAAAAUGUAUGACAUCUUCCUAUGAAGAUAACAGCUUACUUCAAAAAAUAUGUUGUUAUGUAUACAUUUACGUGGAAAUGAUCACUUUAACAUGAAUCAAUGUGUAUAUGAAUAACUUUUUCUUGUAAAUUAAAAAAAAACAG